UAUCAUACAUUUCCAUCACCAUCUUCUUCCCCAAUACAUCCCUGCAAAUUUCCAUAACCGAUAGUAUCUCCAAUUCUUCAUACCAUUCUGUUAACCAUUCAAUAAUCUCACUAUAAUAAACUCAACACUACAAUUGCUCCAUCAGUGUGAUGAAUUCAAUCCUUUGCUUAACAAUCUACAAUUUGUUUGUUGUUCCACCGAUUAACUAGGUUAAAAAUUGAUAAAAUGGCUGGAGAAAUCUAGCUAGAAGAAAGCGGUUCUGUAAACCCUAGCGAUACGGAUCCUCUACUUCAGAAUCACCAAAAUGUUGCCUCUGAUUCACCAGAAUUCACAGCCGUUGCUGUUUUGGAUUCAAGUGAGAUGAAGUGUGAAGACGUUGAAGCUGGAUCGGUUGCCACGUGUCGUAUUUGUCUUGAAUGCGACGGAGAAGAAGAUGAUAAUCUGAUAUCUCCAUGCAUGUGUAAAGGCACCCAGCAGUUUGUGCAUCGUUUAUGCCUUGAUCAUUGGCGAUCUGUUAAGGAAGGGUUUGCCUUUUCUCAUUGCACAACUUGCAAAGCUCAGUUUCACCUUCAAGUUGUUGUGCUAAAAGACAACUCCUGGAGGAAGAUAAAAUUCAGGCUAUUUGUUGCAAGGGAUGUUUUCCUUGUAUUUCUGGUUGUACAAACGGCGAUUGGGCUGAUGGGAGGUCUUGCAUACAUUGUGGACAAAGAUGGGUCUUUCAGAACUUCUAUUAAUGACAACUGGGAACAUAUAUUGUCAAUGCAUCCUAUACCAUUCUACCAUUGCAUAGGGGUCCUUUUCUUCUUUGUGCUGAUUGGGUUUUUCGGGCUGCUUCUGCAUUGUUCAUCUUUCAACAAUGAUCCGCGUAUGGCUGGCUGCCAGAACUGUGUGUACUGUUUUCCUUCCUCGAUGGAAGCAUGUUUUGGUCUUGUUAUCGUUUUUGUGGUUAUUUUUGUCAUUCUUGGUAUUGCCUACGGCUUUCUUGCUGCUACCAUGGCUAUCCAAAGAAUUUGGCAAAAGACACUACCACAUCCUCACCAAAAGAGAACUAACACAGGAGUAUGUGGUGGAGGAUCUUCAUGGUCGUUAUACCCCUCCAAAACUCGAUCGCGAACAUAUGCAGCGCCUAAAGAUGCUCAAGCUUUUGUAAUUUCUCAUGGAAAUGCGGGUUAAAUACCAGAUAUAUAAUAAUAGGAACACUUCUUGAAA